AGUACCUCACUGGUAGCUCUGUUCCCCUCCCUCCCUUUCUCCCUGCUUUUGCUCUGCCCUCUCUACCUCUGGCACUCACACUCUCUCUAUUACUCUCUCUCUCAGUCAAACAGAGGAUUCUCCAUAGCCAGCUGUAGCUUAAUGUGAUCCUCACUUCUGUGAUUGUUUCACUGAUGCUUUCUUUUUCCCCCCCUUUUUUUUCUCUCGCUCUCUCUUCCGAUUUAAUUUCUGCCGAUGCUGACAUCCUGUACUUGGAUGCUGCUAAGGUGCACAAAGAGUGGAGGGAAUAGGAGAGAACUUUUAAGGCUGCUAUCAGCGCACCAUUCUCUUGAAUCAAGACACGUUAGAUUGGUUGAUUUGCUGUCGAGAGACGAGUCAACAGUGGAGGGGUUUUUCUUGUAGUUGAUGACUCAUUUAGGUCAUUUUCCUCCUUCAGGACUCCCGGAUUUAAAUUUCUUUUCCUUUGCUCCACCUGUGGGUUUCCCUUCUAACACACUCUGUGGGGACUUUUAUGAAGUGUGAAAUUUGUCCAGCAAGUGUGAAGUUUGACAGAGCAUGGCCGGUAGAACCACAGCUGAGUGUUGAACCUCUUCUGUCCAGUAAGGCAGCCCAGACAUGACAACAGUGUCCAUGGAGCCUGUGGGAGUCCUGGUGGAAAAGGGGGGCAAUGCAACCGACUCUCCUCUGAACUCACUUGAAGAUACAGCCGCCACCUUUACCAUUGGAACCAUCCUCUCCAUCAUGUGUCUCAUUGGAGUCUCCGGGAACAUCUACACCCUGGUGGUGAUGUGCCACUCCAUGAGGUCUGCAGCCUCCAUGUACAUCUACAUCAUAAACUUAGCUUUAGCAGAUCUGCUGUAUCUUCUCACCAUCCCCUUCGUAGUCUGCACACACUUCCUGAAGGGAUGGUACUUUGGAAAUGCAGGGUGUUGGACUCUGAUAAGCAUGGACUUCCUGACCAUGCACGCAAGCAUCUUUACUCUGACAAUCAUGAGUACAGAGCGCUACUUUGCAGUGCUCAAGCCACUCGACACAGUGAAACGAUCGAAAAGUUAUCGCAAAGCUAUCGCCCUACUUGUCUGGGUAGCUUCUCUAAUCCUCACCCUACCGAUGAUCGUGAGAAUUCAACUGGUGGCAGUGGGCACCAAGUCUAUGUGUCAGACCACUUUGUCACCGCUCUCCUACAAGAUUUACCUCUCCUUCCUGUUUUGCACUAGCAUUGUUGCUCCAGGACUGAUUAUUGGCUAUCUUUACAUCCAGCUUGCACGCACUUAUUGGAUUUCACAGACGGAGACGUUCAAGCAGACCAAAAAAUUACCAAAUCAAAAGGUGCUGUACUUGAUCUUUACAAUCGUGCUCCUAUUCUGGGCAUGCUUCCUGCCCUUCUGGAUCUGGCAACUGCUGGGCGAGUUUCACCCCUCGUUGCCUCUCUCCACCAAAGUCAAACGUAACAUCAACUACCUGACCACAUGCCUGACGUACUCCAACAGCUGCAUCAACCCGUUCCUCUACACAUUGCUCACCAAGAACUACAAGGAGUAUCUGAGGAAGAACAAGCGCUUGUGGACAACUGGCAACUACUUCAACAGGAGGAGUCGUUUUCAACGUUCACCGCGUAGAUCGCCAUCUGCCAGCAGUCAGCAGUGCACUGAGAGCUUCAUGCUCACGCACACGGCAUCGCUACGAGCUCAUAACAGCAGUUUGUGAGAUUUGACUGAGAGCUGUGAGGGGACACAAAAAGAAGAAGCAGUUGGAGACACAGAUGGGAGCAGAGCCCGAACUCCACUUCACUCCAUUCGACCACAAGUGAGACUGAGGACAGAGAAGAUGUCUUGAGUAUUUUGUUUAACAUUUAACAUGUGCGGACACAAUUAUGUUAAAUGAACACAUGGAGGAACCAGUGCUGUUGGACACAAUGUACAAAACAGAACCCCCACUCCUCACCACCCUCACAUGUAUAUUCAUCACUCGCAGAACUUCCUGUGGCACAGAGAGAGACCAGCGUCUUAAAAACACAGCUCGUCAUAUUUUUUCGGGUAUUCUCCCAUGCUUGCUUUCUGUGCUUGCGCUGGGUCAGCCUGCAUGCUAGCCCAGGGCAAGCUGUUAUUUCCUGGUGACUGAGAGAGGUGUACAGUACAUGCUGCUGACGCACAAGUGGGAGGAAAAACAGGAAUCGAGGGUUUGAUUUUGAAUAACACAAAAAAAACAAAAACAAAAAACAAAUGUAAAAACAAUGUACUUACGUUGGUCAAGUGGCAAAAUAUUACACAAUGUCUUUAGCUGGUCCUCGCCACCUCUUCUUGGAAGGCACUGUAAAUGUUUUGUUCUUCAAAACAGCAGGUAGAUAAAGAUACCUACUACAAAUGAAGACAAAUUGUAAAUGCUAAAACAUGAAUGCUGUUAUGAACUUCUAAACUCCCACCCUCUGGAUUUCCUGUUUUAUAAAGAGUGCUACUCCAAAAUGAAUGGAGCCCUAAGGAGCUGUAAUCCAAAUAUGUACAUUGUGUGGUGAUUUUCGACCACCACCGUAUAGAGCUGCUUUCCUUUACUGAUGUGCUCAUCUGCUCUGGUUUGGAAGCUUGUUUCCGCCACUGAAAAUGUUUUUUUAGUCAUCCAUAACUCAAAAAUUUGUGUAAUGUAUCUCAAAAUUUUGAGUUAAUCAACUAAAAUGUUUAAGAAAAUAACUUUGCCAAUCAGGAAGCUCUGUGAUGGUGCAUCAUUUCAAUGUUAUCCGGAAGCAGAACAUGGAAUGCAUUAGCUACCAGUGCUAUAGCUAAGCCAGCAAUGCUACAGCUAAGCUAGCAGCGCUCGGCUGAGUUACCAGCGCUACAGCUGCUUGUCAUAAAUGUUCAAAGUGAGGAGCAUCGGUUUAGCUUAGUGGGAUGAGCAGGAGAGCAGUAGGCCCUGGUUUGAUUCUAACCCGCGGGCCUUUGCUGCAUGUCUUCCCCUCUCUCUCCCUGGUUUCCUGUCUCUUUACACUGUUACUAUUGAAUAAAGGCUAAAAUGGAUCAGUAAAAUAAAUAAAUGUUCAAACUGCUGAGUACUCUCAGCAUGGCUUUACAAAUGAUGAAAUGACUCACAUGGCAUUAGCAUAAAAGUAGCUUGUUCAUGUUUACUACGCUUCGGUAGCGCAUUGAUGAUAUCGCUACCUGAUUUUCAGUACGCAUUUGUCUAUGCCAUCUGCUACUGGGUAAGCAGCUUCCUGAUUUGCAGAGUUAAGUCAAAAUUCUAAAAAAAAUAAUUCAAAAUUUCAAGUUAUGUGUGUCCUCUCUUCUCCUCUGUUAAAUCUCUAACCAACCAAUAACGUCAGUUAGCAUAAUACUGGCAUUUCUUAGAAAAACAGCUUUCAUGUAAGUAAAACUAAUGGGUAUUUGUAGUGUUUUAUUUCAGUGCAGACACAUUAUUGUUUGUGUAUUUGUGAAAAUAAAAUAAAAUAUGUGCUUUUGUUGUCUAGAAGCAGGUGUAAAUAACUAUUUUAGCCAUUUAGCUUCAUCCAGUCUUGUUGAGGCUUUCUUAUGAGCAACCCUGCACCCUCUGGUUGCAUUACGGCCAAUUUCUGUACAAAUGGAUGGGAAAUUGAAUGGCUCUUGUAGAUUGGCUCCUAGGUGCACUUUUUUUGCACUCUAAAUCUAAAGCCACCUUAAAAAGAAGCCUUUUCAAAAAGACAUGGAGGAAAGAGAAAUUUCAACUCUUCUUGCUAUGUCCGAAAAUAAAAAAUCAAUAAUCCAUCUUAAACUGGUUCUAUUAUUCUUUUCCCCUUUUUUAAGUCAUAAAGAUAUUGUUAGCCAAAAAAAUCCAGCUCCGGACUGGUCUUAACCUUGAUUCAAAACAUUUUUUUUCUACAGAGCCAAGUUUGAUGUCAGUGAGAACAGAUAUCCCAAACAGCACUGUGUGAAGCACAUGGCUUUGGCUGUGAGCACAGAAGCUACAGAAACCUGCUGUUUACAUCUUUUUUCUGUAAGAGUCAUAAGAAACUUGCCUUAAAGAACGAGGAAAGGAAGCAAAAAUGGCUUAUUUUUGAGAUCUGAGCUGAGGUGCUAAACCAGGGCAAGUUCAUCUGUAUAGCACAAAAUCACAAUUUCUGCCACAAGGAACUUUAUACCCAACAGUAUUGGGUGGGGGGGAAACAGUCAAGCAAUAGGUGAUGAUGGGAAGAAAAAAAACUUCACUUUUGAUAAAAAAAAAUAAAAAAGAGAAAAACCUUUAGCAGAACCAGGCUCAGUGAGGGGUAGCCAUCUGCUGUGACCGGUUGGUGGUGCGGGAAAUAAGAAAUAAAAAAGGCGAGCAAGGAUAGGCGGUCCUCUUUAAAGCUCUGCAUGUAACGCACUUUGUGGUCACUUGUGGGAGAAUUUUGUUCCCUUUGUUACCUGUUUCCAGGCAAAGCUAGCCAGGUGCCUGGGACUGCAUCAUAAACACUGUAAAGAAUAAAGAGUGAGGAGAUCACCCCCCACGACAAAGUUCAACUUUGUAUUUCUUAGUUAGUCUGUGUAAACCAGGGGUGGGGAACUUCAGGCCUGAAGGGCCAGAGUCCUGCAGGUUUUAGAUAUCACCCUGGAUCAACACACCUGAAUCAAAUGAUUAGUUCAUUACCAGGCCUCUGGAGAACUUCAAGACAUGUUGAGGAGGUAAUUUAGCCAUUUAAAUCAGCUGUGUUGGAUCAAGGACACAUCCAAAACCUGGAGGACACCGGCCCUCGAGGCCUGGAGUUCCCCUGCUUUAAAGGCAAGAGCCAGCUUCCCGUUUUCAGAAAAUUAUCAGAUUUUUCUUCUACUCACACCACGGUAUUGAUACUGAUGCACAGUAUUUUUCGUCACUUUAUGAGUAAUUAGUAAAACAAAAAACAAAACAAAAAUCUGUCAUGCAAAUUCAGUUUUCAUGUUCUGCAGUCUGGUGGUCCACGGCGAGAUUAAAGUGGUCACAUGAUUCAGCCCGCUCAGUGGAAAUCCUUUUUUCCAUCUCAUCCCUGUGAUGCAGCAUCUAGCUAGCGGUACAGAAGGGGAGCAAAAAAAAAGGGGUAACUUUUUUGAAGUGGCAGGUAAUUUCAAAUUCAGUGUUUCACACAGAGCAACAUGUAGCUUAUGAUACGCAACCACUUUAUUUGGAGUUUGGCACCAAAUGUAACAGCAAGUUAAGGGAACCGUUUUAUCCAGGGAAGAAAAACAAAUGUUAAUGUGUAAUCAUUUAUUCUCAGAAAGAUGUGGAAAAAAAUAAAACAGGAGAUUUCUAAUGUAAUGUUGAAAUUUAAAGCUUAAAUCUAAUGUCCUUUAGGUUUUUAUUAAUCGGAUAUACGAUCUGUACUGCUGAAGCGAUCUGGAUAUUUCAUAUUGCACGCUACACCUAAGCUAAGAGUUCUUCCUCCUGCCAAAUCCCGUAUUAAUACCUGGUGUUUUCCUCUGCCAAAAGCUUUCAGAGUCAUGGGUUUGUUCUCCCACUGCAUCUGUUGGAUUCCCAUGAACUGAUGAACAAAUGGAGCCUAUUAGAUUUGUCUUUAACGAGAUGGAAUCUAAAUUAGGACUAUGGCUUGCAAUAUUCUGUAUUUUCUUGCAUCGAAAAAGUGUGAAGAAGAGUCCAAAACAAAGAAUGAAUAGAUCUCAAAUGUCUUUGUAGCUAUGUGUAGCUUUCACGCCACUGUGAUUUACAAACUGCUAAAAACACAUCAAUAUGGUUAGGGCACGGCAUGAUAUCACCCUGUUGGUGUUUAUCCUACACCAUCAUAAUAAUGUUGGUACACGAUCAACACUACACUGACCAACGACCUUGUCUUAGCAUUCACAAUAAGCAUUAGCCAAGAAGUGAGCUAAUGCUGUUAAAACUAUUGCAAGCCAACAUUAUCAUGUACAAAUUAAUAAAGAAAACACUUCCUCCCGUCACCCCUAAGCAGUCAUGACAGAUGGACGUCCCUCCCUGAGCCUGGUUUGGGCGGAGCUUUCUUCCUCAAAGUGUUUGCACAUGGAGGGGGGUGGGGUCAUCUGAUUGUUGGGAUUCUCUCUAUUUUUGUUGUUUUAUAUAAACAAAGACUUUUAAUUUCUUUUUUUCUCCACAUUCCAAAGCUAUGACAUCACAACAACUGGUCAGUUGCAGUGUUCGUCCUGGACCAAUACUAUUAACAACACCAUUCUUGAUUGGCCGAGUCAAGAAUGGUGACCUGGGAAGGUUCACUACUGUUCCAUGUUUUCACCAUUUGUGGAUAAUGGCUCUCACUGUGGUUCGCUGGAGUCCCACAACUUUAGAAAUGGUUUUAUAACCUUUCCCAGACUUAAAGAUCUUAAUGACUUUGUCUGUUAUUUGUUCCUGAGUUUCCUCGAAUCACUGCAUGAUGUCUGGCUUUUGAGGAUUUUUUGGUCUACUCUACUUUAUCAGGCAGGUCAUAUUUAAGUGAAAUUAAACUCAGCUUUCCAAAAAUGUGAGACACUACAGCUAAUUUAUGUUAUAAUGAGGGGGUAGGGCACUUUUUCAUACCGCUGUUGCUCUGUCAGAAAACCAGAGCUGAAAAUAGGACGCAACAAAUGUACUACUUACUUACUACACAAUAAACUAACAUAAGAAGCUCUUGAAAUUAUUACAGCUUAAAACUAAAUUAAGCUUGAUAUAUUUAUUUCUUCAGUAUGAUUAAAUGGACACGCAAAACAGAGAAUAUGGGAUAAACUGACACAAUGUAGCUUUUCUUCUUUGUGGGAGAAUUGAAAAUAUCAUCAGUCUUAAAACAUCACAUGUGCUUUGAGGAUUUUUUAAAACCAUCGUGUAUGUUCUCAAAAUUUCCCCUUAUUAAUAUUGCAUACGAGUUUCUUUUUGUUUAUGUAUACUUUGAAUCCUUUACAUGUCAGCGUUCCUUUUUAAUGCUUCUUUGCAGUCUUAUCAGUUUCUACAGUAUCCCACUGAAAAAGCGAAAGGCGCCUUUUGUGUGUGUUCUUUCAGGUCUGCGGUUCUCCUCUGAGGCCUGCAUUGUCAUUCUGGGCCAGUUUAAUCAUUCUAUGGCUUCGAUUCAGAUAAAGGAAAAGAUAGAAAGAGAGCUAACAGAGUUACUGGUUGGAGCCACCAUGUUACAUCUCUAUUGAUUCUAUUCCCCGUGCAGCAAGAGACGAGCUGCAAACAUCGACGGGCUGUUGCAUUUUUUAACAAAUCUAUCCUCUGAAAAAAUCUUGUUGUUGGAUUUCGGGAGGUUUUCUAUGCUGGGCUUAAUUCAAAAAGAGUAAAGCCAGAUUUCAUGCCCUGAGAUUGAGUCUGCCAUGUCAUAAAUAAACCUAUUUUCUGGUUGCAGAUGGAACUGCCUGCAAGCCAGAGACCAUGACAAUGUUUGGUGUCUUUCAUGCUCUUUGAGUGAACAGCAAGUCACAUACAAGAGAGGGAGGUUAUGAUUUUUAGUCUGUACAAUAGCACUGAGCCUCAUUCCCACAUAUGCAUAACUAAGUAAAAGUGGGUGUUUAAAUUUGUGUAUACACACAUAAAGAAGGAAAAAUUCUACUAUUCUUCCAUUGUUAUUGAUGGCAAGGCCAGGAGGUUCUUUCAAUAAUAAGAACAUUUGAACUGCAAUCAUCAACCAAUCAUACCGUUUGAAUUGCCCAUCCCUGCUCUACAGUUUCAUCUAUAAAACAUAAAGUUCAGUGGGCCCUAAAUAGUCAGAAAGCAAACUCCAUCACCUUCAAAAAUCAGCAUCAGUUGACAGAACUGCUUCGCAUGCCGAUGUGUUGUAUUUUGUUUUGUUUUCGAGAGUUUACGAAAGACUGAAAAAAAUAAACUUCAUGAUUUCAUCAGAUUUUCAUGGGCUUGGGGCUGGAUACUUCACAUAUUUCAAGGAUUACAAACAAAGGGUGCAGAGUUUCAAAGACUCUUCAUUUGCCCUGCAGGGACAAACAAAUUGGAAUCGGUGACCAGCAUGUUUGGAAUGCUCCCACACUCAGACUAAAGGAUAUUGGGACCUCUGCUGCUCCACUGAUUUUUCAAUUGUUAAUCCAGCUCUCAUGAGUUUACCAGGAACUGUAGCAGUCCUUUAAUAUUCGCAUAGGAUUGAAUUAUGUAGAUUAAUGUGGCAGGAAAUUGUCAAUAAGGGACCAAAAGCCCUUAUGUAAUUAUAAUGUUAGCAAAUCUUCUCAGGUAUGCUUAAGUGAAACAACAAUGGGGAAUCAAUUCAUUAAUAAUUGCCCACUAUGAAUAAGAUAUUCAGAUAUUUAAGACUGUGUCAGAAAAGUGUCAGGCUACAAUCUUUAAUCCCAGAGAAAUAAACCCAUAAAAAAUAAUAAUAACAGACAAACAUCCAGUGCUGCAUUAGCACACUGUAGGUGCUACACUGCUAGACCUUUCUGGAUGGAGUCUGUGCUUUUUGUACCAGCAGCAUGUUAUGUUGAAAUAAAUACAUUUAUAACAGUGAAUACAUUUCAUGUCAAGAAGACAAGACAAGAUGGGAUGAAGCCUUUCCACACUACAAAAGCUAAGGACUCAAAACAAAGAGGGUUAGCACAAGUUUGCAGUUAGCUAGAUGCACUUUAAGUUUAAACCCGUUUAAUAUAAACUGUGCUUACAUUAGGCUAAACUUAAAUCCAGUCCAGCUCAAGACUACAAAUAUUUGUCAUCCUUAUCCAAGUUUUUCUUUUUGUUUAAUGCACAAGCAUAGGGUAUUUGUACAGCUAAUAUAUCCAAAAUCAAAGGUGGGACCUUUUAGCUGCUUAUUCUCUCUUCAUCUCUCACCUGUUAUUAAUGCUUUGGGAAAUAUGAAUCAAAUGUUUCAAAGGGAAAACUUUUUUAUGCAUGCUGAUGUGGCCAUAAUUGGGAUGUUCAUUGUGUAAGUGAUUAUACUUAAAUGAGCAGUGGGCAGCUAUUCCUUAGCACACUGUAUAAAUCUCCACCUGGUUAAUUAGAGAGUGUUGUAAAAAAUAAUGAAUCACAACACGGCCAGUCAAGGGUUUGUGUGCAGUUUAGCAGAUGGUGUAUUUAUAUUUAAUCGCAUUGUUCCUGUGGGUAUAAUGACACCUGGAGCGGCCUUACUGUGUAAAACAGAUGUUGUCUGUUGACUGCUUUCCAGUGAUGACAAUGAGUGAUGUAAAUUAUGUACAUUGUUAUUAAAAAUAUGUCUGACCUGC